CUCCCUCCCCCUCCUCGGGCCCGCGUGGUCGCCAGCCCAAAGUCCCCUACCUUCACGUUUCCCUCCCCGUCCAAGAAGACGUUCGCGGGCUUCAUGUCCCGGUGGAUGAUGCCCUUCUUGUGGAUGUACACCAA